UUUUUUUAUCAAAUCGCAACAUGUUCAAAACUUCACAAAAUACUCUCUCUCUCUGUCUCUCUCUCUCUCUCUGUCUCUAUAGUAAUUAGCAACGGUUUCUGAGUUUCUCUCAUCUCUCUCUACAAAUUCACACACACACACACACACACACAUAUUGAGAAUUAGCCCUAGCAGAAAUAACAAUGGCGUCGUGGUGGAAAUCGGCGGUGAGCAAUUUCGUGGAGGUUGGGAACAAAACCGUCAAGAGCUAUGCCGACACCGUCGUCCAACAAGCCGGUCAAGCUGUCGCCGAAAUCCUUCAAGAUCGCAAGGGGGGUAGGAGUUUCAAAAGCUUUAGGAAGACUGUUAAAAGAUUAGAAGAAGCUUCUGUUUCUUGUAGUGGUCCAGAGAGGGUUCAGUUGAUGAAAAGAUGGUUGGUGGCACUUAAAGAAAUUGACAAAUUAUCUGUGGCUUCCUCAGAGGAUAAAGAAAAGAAUGCUCAGCAGAAUCAUCCUUCUGAAGAACCAAAGGAUAAUCUGAAAAAACCUUUUUUAGUUCUGUAUUAUGACCCUGAUUUGGAGGGUGAACCAAUGAAUUUUCUGGAUGUUUUUCUAUACAGCCAGGCUUUGGAGGGCAUCACAAUAUCUAUGAUUCUUGAAGCACCAAAUGAAGAGGAAGUUUCUUUACUUCUGGAAUUGUUUGGGCUUUGUCUUACUGGAGGGAAAGCAGUUCAUAAUGCAAUAGUGAGCAGCAUACAGGAUCUUGCAAAUGCUUUUUCAAGCUAUGAAGAUGAAGUAUUAGUAAAGCAGGAUGAAUUGCUCCAGUUCACACAAUGUGCCAUCACAGGCUUGAAAAUUAAUGCUGAUCUCAGAAGAAUAGAUGCUGAAGCCUCUUCUCUAAAAAGGAAACUCGAUGGAUUGACAGCAUCCAGGGAUCUUACUGGUGAAGGUCAUGAAUCAGCCUCCAAAGGAACAACUGUCGCUACAAUAGAGGCUCUGAAAGAAGCUCUUGCACAUAUUCGAGUUUGUUCCAGAUUAGAAGGGCUUCUACUGAAGAAGAAAUCUCUUAACAGUGGUGAUUCUCCGGAGAUUCAUGCACUGAAGAUUGAUAAGCUGAAAGUCUUGUCUGAAUCUCUUGCUAGCUCCACCUCAAAAGCUGAGAAGCGCAUAUCAGAUAGCAGAUCUCAGAAAGAGGAGGCGCUACAAUUUCGUGUGGCCAAGGCAAGUGAAGUUGGUGAAAUAGAGAAGGAAUUAACAGCUGAGAUUUCAGUACUCCAGAAACAAAAAGAUGAACUUGAGGAUCAAUUGAAAAAGGUUAAUAACUCGUUGGCCGCUGUGCAAUCACGUCUUCACAAUGCCAGGGAAGAGAGGGAUCAGUUUUAUGAAGCUAACAAUCAGAUUGUUGCUCACUUGAAAACAAAGGAGGAUGAGCUUUCGAGAUCCAUCUCCUCAAGUAGGGUAGAAGCAGAUGUCCUAAAAACUUGGAUCAACUUUUUGGAAGACACCUGGGUUCUCCAACACUCAUAUACAGAGACCAAGGAGAAGCAGGUCAAUGAUGAACUAGAGAGACAUGAGAGCUAUUAUGUGAACUUGGUCAUUAAUCUCCUCUCUACAUAUGAGAAAGGGUUGAAGCCUUCUAUUGAUCGUAUUGGGAAAUUUGUGGAGAACUUGAAGAGUUUGGAAGGGUCAGGAAUGGCAUCCGGUGUGGCUGGUGAAGAUUCCAAAGAACUAAACCCAAGGAAAAAUCUUGAGGAGGAAUAUCUGGACUAUGAAGAAAAGAUUAUAACGACUUUUAGCAUAGUGGAUAACAUGAAAGAGCAGUUCUACGCCCAGCAGGGGAAAAUUUCAAGGAAAGAUGACGCAAGGGUUAAAGACCUGUUUAAUAAUAUUGAAAAAUUAAGACAGGAAUUUGAUUCAAUUGAGAGACCAUAUCUAGAAAUGGAGAAUCCCUCCUUGGAGGCAGACUCUCCCCAUGGGAAAACACCCAAAAGUCCGUUGCACAAAACAGAGCCACCAAAAGUGGCAAAGGAUGAGAACCCCCAGUCACCUGAAAUCAAGGCUGAGCAGAUGCUAGACCCCGAAGCAGAAUUGGCAAAACUGGAAACUGAAUUUGGUAAGGAUAGUCGAGACUACUCAACAGAAGAGGUCGGUGACUGGGAAUUUGAUGAGCUUGAAAGGGAGUUAAACAAAUAGAUGAAAACAGGACAAUCUUUGUAUUCUAUACUAAUAAAUAACCAUGUAUAUGUUUACGAUUCUGAGUUCUUCUCUGUAACAUUAGAUUUCAUUUCAUAUAUUCUCGUGUAAAUACUUAAAAACUUGUGUGAUGUAACAUGCCUGUAAAAUAUAAUCUUUUUAAAUGUAAAACAUUGCUUUAUGUUUGGUGA